AUGGAAGAUUUCACUUUGUUAGUCUGUUCUCCCCUAAGCUAUGAGAUCCCAAAGACGCCGAAGGAUAUCUUGAUUAAGAUCUUCGUCGAAAUCCCGACUUUACUGGAAGGCCUUGACAUGACAAAAGAGAGCCAAGAAAUUGAAUCUCGGGAGAUUCUACGGCGCGAUCUAGGCCAAAGAUCCUACGCUCAUGAGAGAGAGGUCUUUAAGUGGAGAACCAGAGUAGGGAUUGCAGACCCGACUUACAUGCUCGAGGUUAAUUAG